AUGGAGGCUUUGGGAAUAGCACCUAGUAUUAAGAAGAAGCAACAGAUUAAGGACAAGAGCGAGACGGCUGCUCCCGGAACUACAAUUAUUGUGGAUGCACUCGAUCCUAAGGACAAGUACCGCCGACUCAAGACACUGGAGCGGGAGAAUGAACUUUUGACACUGCAGGAGGAUUACAUCAAGGACGAGCAGCGGCACCUGAAGCGAGAGCUUGUGCGGGCGCAAGAAGAAGUCAAGCGAAUUCAGUCGGUUCCUCUUGUCAUUGGGCAGUUUUUGGAACCGAUUGACCAGCACACGGGUAUUGUCACUUCAACAACAGGCUCCAAUUAUGCGGUGCGUAUUCUUUCGACACUUGACCGCGAGCUGCUGAAGCCGUCAUCAUCGGUUGCUUUGCAUCGUCACUCCAAUGCACUUGUCGAUAUUCUUCCACCUGAGGCCGAUUCUUCGAUUGCCAUGCUGGGCGCAGAUGAGAAGCCCAAUGUUACCUAUGCCGAUGUUGGUGGUCUUGACAUGCAAAAGCAAGAGAUUCGCGAAGCAGUUGAACUUCCUCUUACUCAGUUUGAGCUUUACAAGCAGAUUGGCAUUGAUCCUCCUCGUGGUGUUCUUUUGUAUGGUCCUCCUGGUACCGGCAAGACCAUGCUUGUCAAGGCGGUAGCAAACAGCUCUACAGCAUCUUUUAUUCGCGUCGUUGGUUCUGAAUUUGUGCAAAAGUACCUUGGUGAAGGUCCACGCAUGGUGCGUGACGUGUUUAGACUUGCUAGGGAAAAUGCGCCAUCAAUCAUUUUUAUUGAUGAAAUUGACUCGAUUGCGACAAAGCGAUUUGACGCACAGACAGGUGCUGAUCGUGAAGUGCAGCGUAUUUUGCUUGAGCUUCUGAACCAAAUGGAUGGUUUUGACCAGACCUCCAAUGUCAAAGUGAUUAUGGCCACUAACCGUGCCGACACGCUGGAUCCUGCACUGCUGCGACCGGGCCGAUUGGACCGUAAGAUUGAGUUUCCAUCAUUAAGAGACCGCCGUGAGCGACGCUUGAUUUUUACAACAAUUGCAUCGAAAAUGUCGCUUGCUCCUGAGGUGGAUCUCGACUCGCUUAUUAUUCGCAACGACCCACUUUCCGGUGCCAUUAUUGCAGCCAUUAUGCAAGAGGCUGGUCUGCGGGCGGUGCGCAAGAACAGAUAUGUAAUUUUGCAAAGUGAUUUGGAGGAAGCUUAUAGCAGCCAGGUGAAGUUGGGCAGCGAUGUGGAUAAGUUUGAUUUCUACAAGUAG